AUGCCCCAUCCAGAUGGCAGAGCACUUCAUCAGCGACCCUUUCGUCUUCACCAACAUAUUCAGCAGGACUCCGUGUCGUCUUUGAAGCAGCCGCCGCAACAACCGUGUUUGUCCUCCUACUUUUCGAGCCCUAGCUCGCCCGAUCACACCAAUACCUCUUCGUUCUCCAGCUGUUCUGCUGCUUCCUCUUCUUCCUCCUCCUCCUCCUCCUCAUCUUCCUCCUCUUCCUCCUCCUCUCUGGACUCCUCUUGCCCUUCCUCAGCCAGUGAGGGUAGUGAGGGUCUUGAGCCCUUUCCACCCUCCUUUGACUGCGGCCUCACCUAUGACCUGGGCCCGAGUUCAGCAAUCCCUUUGCCCCAGCUUCCCUGCCGUAUGGGUCUGGGUCGCGUCCGGCCAUCGAGACCGGCUCCGGAGGUCUCCGCGGCAGCCUUGAUGAUAAAGCCGUCCACAUGGUCUGCUGAUGGGGACCAGUCCGAGUCCGCAUGCUGCAGAGAAGGCUCCGUCGGCGACGUUAGGCCCGAGGGCAGGGGCACCUCUGGGCCAAUUGAGAGGCAGGAUGAGGGAAAAAUGGAAGCAUCCCAAGGAUCAAAACAGUCCGAGGUGAAGAGACAUGAAGCGGAAUCUGAGAUCAACAGGAUGGGGACGAUCAAAGAGUCGAUUUCAGUCGUUCCAGAAGCCUGCAAUAGGGCCGAAAGCAUGGCUCGAAGAAAGAAGAAGAAACGACGAAAGCGACGCUAUCCACUCACACCAUUGAAUCCAUUUUGUCGUGCGGACGUGGCCACCAUUGUGAUUGACGCCUCCAGACCCCGUAAACCCUCCAGUUCGACACCCCACGCCAUCAUUUCGGGCCACUUGGAGACGGAAAAGUUGCCACAGUCGACCGAGGCAACGGAGCCAAGAGAGCCUCAGACAAACAGGUUGGCGACGAGUUCCGAGGCCACGGUCAACCGACAGUGCAACGGGGAGUCUGUUGAGGCCGGGGCCAAUCAAUUGACAGAUCAAGCCGAUCUGGUUGCCUCGGGUCAUUCCAGAGACACUCGCAUGGCUGCAGUUGAUGGGGUGAGGGAAGAAGAAAUCCAGACUGUCAAAGAGCGGGAGAAACUGUAUGGCGAAGCCCGGUGUUCAAAUGGUUAG